AUGCCAUGCCAUCCCAUGCCGCCCCACCUCUCCCACCAACAUCAAGCAAGCCUGCGCCAGCUUGCCGACCCUCGUGUGGGGACUUUUGAGUCGACUCAAAAGUCAUCUCUCCCACCAACAUCGAGCAGGGCCUGCGCCAGCUUGCCGACCCUCGUGUGGGCGGCACGGCACGGCAGCUAUUCACUCGAUUCCAGUGCGUGUGCUGCUGGGGCCACCGCACCCCUUCCUCUUCCUCUUCCUCUUCUCACCAUCAACCUCCUCUGCACCCCUGCGCUGGAGGCCAUGGCGCGGGCGGCAGCCAUAGCCAUGAGGUGCACUGAAAGCGAGCCUUCAGCGCGGCCAUCAACGGGGGAAGUGUUGCAAGCCCUCCGUGCCAUUGCCUUGGAGCACUCGCCCAUGACCAGUGACCUUCCUCUGCCAGCUUCUCCACUGGAAGCCAUGGCGCGGGCAGCAGCCAUAGCGAUGCGAUGCACGCAGGUUGAGAAACCAACUCACAUCUGUCCUCUCCUUCUCAUACUCACAUCUGUCCUCUCCUUCUCAUACUCACAUCUGUCCUCUCCUUCUCAUACUCACAUCUGUCUCUCCUCCUCUCUCAUACUCACAUCUGUCCUCUCCUUCUCAUACUCACAUCUGUCCUCUCCUUCUCAUACUCACAUCUGUCCUCUCCUUCUCAUACUCACAUCUGUCCUCUCCUUCUCAUACUCACAUCUGUCCUCUCCUUCUCAUACUCACAUCUGUCCUCUCCUUCUCAUACUCACAUCUGUCCUCCCUUCUCAUACUCACAUCUGUCCUCUCCUUCUCAUACUCACAUCUGUCUCCUCCUUCUCAUACUCACAUCUGUCCUCUCCUUCUCAUACUCACAUCUGUCCUCUCCUUCUCAUACUCACAUCUGUCCUCUCCUUCUCAUACUCACAUCUGUCCUCUCCUUCUCAUACUCACAUCUGUCCUCUCCUUCUCGCCCCUCUGUUCCACUCGCCUCCCCUCCUCUUCCCCUCUCUUCUCCCCUCUCCAGGACGCUUCUUGCCCCUGUACCUUACUCCUCAUCUUCCUCCCAUGCCUCUCCCGCCUCCUCCUCCUCCUCAGCCUCCUACCAACAAUACCACCAGCAGCAGCACUACGAUCACUCCUCUCCCUCCCAUCACUUCUCCACACCAACCCCUCCACCAUCCUCUCCCCCAGUCCUAUUUCCCCCCUCCCCAAAACGCCCCUACCCCUUCACCCAUCCCCCCCUUGAUGCUGCCCCCCAGUCAUUCUCAUUCCGCCUCUCUCCACCCCUCCGUACCCCCCUUAACCUCACCGCACCAUGUCUCAACCACUCACCAACCUCCCACAUCCCAACAGCCCGUCACCGCUCUCCACCUCUCCACACCGCUGCACAACUCCCCCACCGCUCCACACCCCAACCCAUCCCAGGCGAGGCCUCAGCGUCAAGUUCGGAUCUGUCGAACCUGGCAACCCGGACUGGUUCGGCCGGACCAGCUCUCUCACUCUCUCCCUCUCUCCUCCACCCCCUUACCUUACUCAACCUUACACUACAGCCGCCCCCCUGCCGGCCCCCCUGCGCCUCCCCCUAUGUCUCCCUCCUCCCUCUCCCGCUCCCCUAGCCACCCCCCUGCCCCCCUAUGCUCCCCCUCCCCCUACGCCACCCCCUCCCCCCCCCCCCCCCUCCCCCCCCCCUCUGCUGCUCCCUCCUCCCCCCUGCAUCUGGGUGACCUCUCCCCCAGUCAAGAGGCGGCAUUCCGAGGCUGCUCAGGAUGA